AUGUUGAGUGGUCGUCGUCUGUCACUCACUCUCCGAAGCUCAUACCUCGCUUCCUCCAUUUCGCAAGUCAAUAUCGCGCUGACCGUAGCGCCGACCGAAAAUGGUCACUCUGGGUACACAAACGACCGCUUCCAGACCUCUAGUCUUGAAGGGCUAGUUCCAGAACUGCAAGCCAACGUUUUCAGACAUAUCCCUCGACCAUCAGAUCUCAAAUCACUGUGUCGCACGUCGAAGCGACUUUACGAUGUCGCAGUCAAAGAGCUCUACCAUACUGUAAACCUCGAGAUCGGUAAAAGAUCUGAUGUGAGAUUGAGCGCCAUGCUACACCCUGGCAAUGCUGGAUUGAAGCAUAUUAGAAUCCUUCGCAUUCAAUUCACGCCCCAGCAUAUGGACCUCUCCGACGCCGAUAUCUCACGUGUUCAAACCAUCGUUCGAAUGCUCAUUGACUUCUUACCCGAGCAUAUUCUCGAAGACUUUGAGUGGUCUCCCUGGCUUGCUUUUGAUCAAGAAACUUUCAUCAUUCUUUUUAACCGCCAGAAACGACUGCAGUGGCUUACCGCCUUCAGACUCGACGGGGCAGGUGCUAUCGAUCAGCUUGAAGCCAAGGCAGAUGAGCAUGACAACCUCUACAAAGCCUGUUCGAAGCUUGCCAUCUAUCCCGAAUCCGUGUCAACCCUGGAACUGGGCCAGUUCUUACUAUCCAAAAUGUCGACUCUGACAGAACUGAUUGUGCACACCAAUUUCGACCACGGUCCAAUUCAUUACGCCAAGAGAGAGCUCAACGACACCCCUACAGGUCCAGGACUGGUGAACAGGACCAUGUUUCGUCAUCUCCUUCCAUUCAACAAGAUCACUAACCCGCCCUUUGCCAAUCUCCAGACCCUACGUCUGGUAGACGUUGGUCUUCGACACUGUGCAGAUUCAUACGGCCGACUUAUCGACUUCACCCAAAUCGAAGCAUUGCGUAUCGUCAAAUGCUCCGGAGCAGAUGCGUUAUUUUCGUUGUUGUGUAAGACUGCCUACCUGCCUCACAAGCUGCGUUAUCUGGAAUUUCAGCACAGCGACAACUCGGAUAACGACGCUCUGACAGCGGUGGACGACUUCUUAUGUCUUGUCGAAGGGAUUGAAGAUCUCUAUAUCGAUCUAAAUAACGUCAAGUCCAUGCCUAACAUCGACGGCAUAAUCAAGCAUGGCAAAACGUUGGACGUGCUUCUCGUGCAUGCUUCAGAAACCUCGACCGAAGAGCUUGUCUGGACCAGUGACGACUUCCAGCGCCUCUGUUCGAGCGUGAUUAAAUUGCGUCAACUCAGCUGUGCCUGGCCUGCUUCCAACAUUCUGAGGACUAGCAGUCCCUCUUGGGAUUCAUACCAGUUCAGCAUCAGUUCACUACCUCGACUCGUGACCUUGCACAUCAGCACAUUCCCCAGCUGCAAAGCCAAUCUGGAGAAACCCAUAUACACCGAGUUGCUCCGUUGGCAAUCAAGCAAACUAUUCAAUCACACACUCUUCACAACUUCCCGCCUCAAACUCGUUGCCUUUGGUGUCUCGGACAAGAUCCCUAGCCGCCAAGACAGUAACAACAAACUCAUCUUCCUACGCUCGACUCUGAUCAACGCUGAUGGAAAAGAAGAGAUCACGGCAGUGCCGGUCAGUUGGGCUCUGAGACAAUACAUCGAGCCAGAAGCGAUGUCCUGGACUUUGAGCUCACCAGACGCCCAAAGAUGCCAAUUAGAGAUUAUGCGAGCUACAUGGAUGAGGAUGAAGAUGAUGAUAUGGUAUGAGGCCCACGGAGGCGAACACAUUCUUGCUGACAAUCUUGCUGGAGACGAUUUUGAUCCCCCCUAG